AUGAAACCCGACAUAUUUGACCGUUUGCCGAGACGGACGGCCCUCCUGAUCCUCGCGGGCGCGAUUCAACUCACCAGCGCCCACGCGGUGCAGAAGCUGCCCAGGCAAACACCACAACCGACCAUCACCGUUCCAUAUCACGUCCUCAACGUUGCCUCCUGGCCACUGUCGCAGCAGCAGCCUACCCCCCCACCAACCGCCGACCUGUUCGCCUACCGGCGUCGCCAGCUCGACGACACCUUCAAUACAAUAUGCGGUUACAUUGAUGGGGAUAUGGCCCUGCCCGCCACGUGCGGGUCGGGCUCUCACUGCGUUGUCGAUACAGACCAGAAUGUGGUGGGCUGCUGUCCCAACGGCGCCCCCUCCUGCACGGCUGGUGUCUUCACAGGGUGUGUAGAUGCCAACAGCGGGCCCCAGACGGAGGUGAAUCCAUACGUCUAUAGCUGUACAGGGUCCAAUGUCUGCUACAAGAACUUCUUCGACGGCGGCUUUUCCCAGUUUGGAUGUGGGACAGCCAGCGACCAGGCGGCGACAGUGCAGAACAGCGCGAGCGGAGCCACUGCCGCUGUCACCCCUCCCACUGUCAGCAUCUCGUAUACAAAGGGCAUCAGCACACUCACCGAGCCGACGACGCUGGGGACCGCCAGCAAGAAACACACCUCAUCUACUACGCAUCGCUCCUCCUCGUCAUCUCGCUCUUCUUCCUCGACCGCGGCGGCCACGACGGACACAACCACCGCCUCGGCUGAUCCAGCGUCGUCCACUGACCCCUCCGCACCACCCGUAACCGAUACAUCCUACCGCACAGGCGCCAUCGUCGGUGGCACGAUUGGUGGACUCGCCGUUGCUAUUGCCUUGGUUGCGCUGGCCUUUUUCAUGCUGCGGCGGCGUAAUGCCAACGUCCGUCGUGGCCCCGGGCCUGGCGGUGCUCGCAAUAAAUUCAUCAGCUCACCUCACGCAACAGGCGGGCGUUCGGGUUUCACCCCGCUCACGGGCGAGGAGCAUCAUGAUCCGUCCCAAGACGCGUUUGAGGCUGGUCCCGCAGGCAGCGUGUUUAACCAACCCACACCGCAACAGCAGAGAGAAAUGCAACUAGCUAAUAUGGCUCCAAGCGCCGCAACGGUGGCAGCGGCGGCAGCGGCCGGUGCAGCCGCCCGCAACCCCCUUGGCUCAUCCGGAGCAGGGGGGCCGAUGGCAGACCGCAGCAUGCUCCCACCGUUAUCUACUCACCCACCCAUGCCCUUCCAAAACGAAAUAUCACCCAUCGACCAUCAUGAUCUCGAUACGCCGUUUGCAUACGGCAACUCAGUGCUUAACAGUACCGUUGCGGCAGCCGCUGCUACUAGUGCGGGCGGUAGUAAUAGUGCCGGUGGUGGUUUAAGUGCGGGCGAUGUGAGUGGACUGGGGAGUGCUGGCGGCGGGCUCUCCGCGACGGCGGCUUCGGUAUCGUCUUACCCACCUUCCUCGUCGGGCGGGCUCAGCGCAACGGGUGUCACGCCGGUUGGGAACAACGCGAACCAAGGGGCAGAUGCUGCUGCUGCUGCCGCUUAUGGCGGGUAUAACGCUGCCCAGGGCUACAACCCUACCGGUGCCGCAUACGCUGGCGGGAGCGGCUUGAUGAUGGGGAUGAACCCCCUGCUUCUCAAAGGCGGUGCGGAGCGGCAUCUUCAGAGCGAGCAGGUUCCUCUGACGGGCCCGCUAGGUGGGGGGCCCAUGGGUGGAAGCGGGGGCGCGCGGGAGAUCGAUGAUUUCUCUCAGGGGUUCCAUGCCGCGCUGGGACGGAUCGGGGAGGAGGAUGAGGAAGAGGAGGAGCGACACCAACAACAAGGCGCGUAUAGGGAUCAUGUUCCUGGGGCGGCGGCGCCAGCAACAGCGGCGGGCGGCCAGGGCCAACAAGGUCAAGAUGCCGGGGCGAUGGGUAGUGAGGAUUCCGGGGGCCGGCCGCUUUGGCAGCAGAAUCGGAGGCAGAGUCGUAACAUGAUGUGGAUGUGA